UGACACUUCUUUUGUUGCUGAUUACUGUUUUCUGUUUGUUUUCAGGUGGACCGAUGCCAUUAUGACUGAGUCUUUACAGCCUCGACUCUGAGGAUGAGGGUGUCAAGAUCAAGCACGGCCAAAAUGUCUGAGGGAAAGAAAAUGACAUCAAGCCGCAGGCAUCAAUUGAAGAGCUUGAUGCUGCAGAUUGCUACCAAAAGGCUUGAGGAGGAGAUGAAGGAAGUUGCAUCUGCUAAAGAGGCCUAUAUUGUUGAGAACUGUCCCCCGCCUGACCUUAGUGGAGACAUGGCUGCUCUCACGGAAUUCUGCAAGAAACUCCACAUGGCCAUUGACAAGAUUGAUGAGGAGAGGUAUGACAUAGAAGCCAAAGUUCAGAAGAUUAAUAAAGAGAUUGAGGAUCUGAAGCUGAAGGUGGUGGACCUCGCUGGAGUGAAGAAACCUGCCCUGAAAAAAGUGCGUAUGUCUGCUGACGCCAUGCUGAAGGCUCUGCUCGGCUCCAAACACACAGUCAACAUGGAUCUGAGGGCCAACCUGAAGCAGGUCAAGAAGCAGACUAAAGAGGAGCCAACAGAGGCAAUUGGUGAUUGGCGUAAAAACAUUGAGGACAAGGCCGACAGGAAGAAGAUGUUUGAAUCUUCCUAAAAUCCUUCAGGAUCCACGAGGAUGUUAGCAAGGGAGACAGGUCUGACUGACUGGGUGCAUCUCUGUGUCCCCUGGAGGCAUUCAAAGCCAAGAGUUGGGGUACUUUUUCUUGCUAUUCUAGUUGUUUCAUACUACACUCCUGGGAGAAGGAUGGAACGUAACCAAGAACUAUUAUGUAUGUAGUUAAACUUGUCAUCAGAAUGUACCAGAUUUAAUGAAAGCAAUAUAAAUAAAUCUUUUGAAAUAUGA